UAAAUAUAAAUGCAGUCCUGAUGUUCUAAUCUCUAAUAGAGAAAACUCCACUGCUCGUCUAAAGGAUAUAACAAAAGAUUUUGAAGUAAAUCUGCGUUUUACAUGGAUAAAUACACUGGUGAUGAAGACAUAGAUGAUGACUUUGAUAUUCAACUCGUUAUUCAACAGAGUUUACAGGAUAUUCACAAGCUGGAGACUACACAGCAAGCACUUGAUGAGAGCCCCCUUUCCUUUUUGAGUGUUGACUGCAAGAAGAUAGUGGAAACAAUAGAGACAGGUAAGGAAGAUGCCUUAUCACAAUUGUCCAAGAACCAGUCUGCCUUUGAUGAAGCAGAUAGGCUAGGCUGGCUUCCUUUGCAUAAGGCUGCAGUACAGUUAAAUAAGAACAUUUUGGAAAUAACUCUAAAAGCUUCAAAACCCAGUGCAUGGGAUCAGACCACUCACAAUGGUGAAACACCACUUUUUUUGGCUGUAAGCAACUGUCUAUUAGAAAAUGCCAGUUUUCUUCUUCUCAAUGGUUGCAAUCCAAAUGCCAAGAAUUUGGAAGGUGAUUCUCCUCUUCUUACAGCUAUUCUACAUGACUCCUACGACAUGGCUGCUUUGUUGCUCAGCUGUGGGGCAGAUGUGAAUCUUCAGUGUGCCAAUGAGAGGACAGCUCUCCACGAAGCAGCCAAGCUGGGGAGGCAGGAUAUGGUGAAGCUUAUGCUAGUGGCUGGGGCACAGCCUGACUUACAGAGUUCCUAUGGAUUCACUCCUCUUGCUCUUGCUGCCCAAAAUGGACACACUGAAAUCAUGGAAAUUUUACUGCAGAAAGGAGCCAAUGCUCUUUGUCAGGCCUCUGAUUCUUCGUCCAUCUUACUUGAAGCUGCUCAAGGAGGAAAUCCAGACUCUGUGACUCUCCUGCUGGAGUAUGGAGCUGAUGCCAACAUCCCCAAGAAUUCAGGCCACCUGCCCAUUCAUGUGGCAGCUGACAGAGGCCACUUGUUAGCUCUAAAGAUUUUGAUUCCGGUUACGGAUUCUGCUGCCAUUAAGCGGAGUGGCAUCAGCCCAGUUCACUGCGCAGCCGCAGGAGCACACUCUGAAUGCCUACAGCUUCUCAUACAGGCUGGAUUCGAUGUCAAUUUCAUGCUAGACCAGAGAAUCCGCAAGUACUACGAUGACCAUAGAAAAUCAGCUUUGUAUUUUGCUGUAUCAAAUGGUGACCUCUCUUCAGUUAAGCUGCUCCUGACUGCUGGGGCUCUACCUAAUCAAGAUCCAGUUAACUGUCUCCAGAUAGCCCUAAGGAUGGGCAACUAUGAGUUGAUCAAUCUGCUGCUCCGGCAUGGGGCUAAUGUCAACUACUUCUGCAAAGUCAACACUUUACAUUUCCCAUCAGCAUUGCAAUACACGCUGAAAGAUGAGGUCAUGCUCAGGAUGUUGUUGAAUUAUGGGUAUGACGCAGAGCGAUGCUUUGACUGUCCUCAUGGAGACAAAGUUCACCCUUCCUAUACUUCUGAAGGCUGGACACCUACAGUUAUUAAAGAUACUAUGUUCUGUGAAGUGAUAACAUUGUCGUGGUUACAACAUCUCUCUGGAAAAGUCGUCCGAGUGAUGCUUGAUUACGUUGAUCAAAUUCAAAUCUGUUCAAAGUUGAAAACUGUGCUUCAAACACAGGAGCUCUGGUCAGAAAUUCAUUUUAUCUUGACAAACCCUCGUUCUUUAAAACAUUUGUGCCGACUAAAGAUCCGGAAGUGUAUGGGACGUUUACAUUUGCGAUGCCCUGUUUUCAUUUCAUUUCUUCCAUUACCCAAUCGUCUAAAAGCAUAUGUCCUUUACAAAGAAUAUGACCUUUAUGAACAAGGCAAUUUCACAGGCACUUUGUAAUAAGAUUAUUCUGAUUGAAGAGGUAAUAAUUCUAUGGCUAUAUUUCCUAAAAUUUGAUUUAAUAUAUAUUAUUCCUAUUUCUCACUUUGUCUAAGAACUAAAAUCCCAAUGCAGUCUACAUGUCCUUUUUAAUAUUGUUCUCAACAGUUUUUCAGUAUAUAGUUGGCUACCAUUGUGAAAGGCAGUUUAAAAAAUAAUUAGGGCUCUCAAUUCUAUUCCAUUGGCCAGUCUGUUUAUGUUCUAGUACUAUUCAGUAAGCCCCCCACACCUAUGGGCAUCUUAUUUUUGACAAAGUGGCCCAAACUAUUAAAUAGAGAAAGGAGACUUUUUUCAACAAAUGGUGUUGGGAAAAUUGGGUUGAAACAUGCAUAAAAAUGAAACUGAACCAUUAUAUUUCACCACAAAGAAAAGUAAACUCCAAAUGGAUCAAGGACUUGGAUGUUAGACCAAAAACUAUCAAAUACUUAGAGGAAAAUAUUAGCAGAACCCUUUUCCAUCUAAAUUUUAUAGGCAUCUUCAAUUAUAUAAAUCCAAUUGCAAGGAAGACUGAAAUAAACCAAUGGGACCACAUCAAAUUUAAAAGCUCCUGCACAGCAAAAGAAACCACCACCCAGAGACUCCCUCCUUAUAUAAUGGGAGAAUGCCAAAAAUUAAUCCCAAAUAGUAAAAUUUCAAUUAAUUGAAAAUGUAUCAGCUCUAAGUCUGUAAAGACAUUAUGUUAAGUGUGUGAAUGCACUUUUUUUUUUCACUAGUGUUAUUGAUGGGGCUCAGUGCCUACACAGCUUCACCAUCAUUUCUGGAUGGCCUUUUUUUUUUCUUGAUAAAGGAUAAAAGAUAGGGUGAUAGAAAAAAAUAAGGAUGCCUGUAGCACUACUCUUCCAUUCAGGAAGCUUCUUUUCCUACUUGAGGGCUUGAAACUGGGUUGUUAUGUAUGAUAAUGUAUAGACUCUACUGGGUAUUCUACCACCCAGCCUAGAAUCCACAUUUCUGCAUGCUCAAAAUAAAUGCCUCUUCUGAUUAUUCAAAAA